AUGGCACUCAUUCAUACUGCUGUUGCUCUCUCAUUGAGCCUGAUCAGGCCUGGUCUUGCGUCUCCUCGGAUCAGCAAUGUGGACACGUCUCUCACUUUCCUCUACCUAAACAACCUCAAUGCUUCAGACGACGGCAAUCACGCUGGUGCCAUUCUGCUAGAACCAUCCAGCAACGAUACCGCCGCCUGCGCCGCCAUUGGAGAAUCUCUCAUAUCCCGCUCAACGUCACAGGCUCACAGCUCCGACUUCUUCUACUCCCUCGCAUAUCUAGAGUACUCUGGACAAUCGCCUCAAGACCAGCAAUACCAGAUCCAGGACGGUGCGGUGUCCAUUAAGAAGGCGAACAACAGCCUAGCCUUUCAAGGGGAGCAGCCUGAUCAACAGCAACUCCCAAUACUGUGCACUCAUUCUGGCUUGUACGAUACUUCCAAGCAGCUCUCCGUCUCGUCCAACGGCAAUACCUUCACAGGCUUCCGCAACCCAAAGUCCUUUCGUUUCCUCGGCAUUCCAUACGCAGACCCGCCCAAUCGCUGGGAGUACUCCACAAUCUACAGCGAGAAAGGCCAAACAAUCGACGCCACUGCUUAUGGCUCAGACUGCGCGCAGGCAUUCGACCCGAGCAGCACCGAAGAUUGCCUUUUCUUGAACAUCCAAACUCCAUAUCUGCCACGGACAAACUCUUCGACCAAUCUCCGCCCAGUGCUCUUCACAAUUCAUGGCGGAGGCUUCACAGGCGGCUCAGGCCAGGGCGCGGAUGGCGGCAACCUCGCUUCCAGACACGAUAUCGUCAGUGUUCAGAUCAAUUACCGCCUCUCCACUCUCGGCUUCCUCGCCAUCCCCAACACGACGAUAAAGGGCAACUUUGGGAUAGCAGAUCAACUUACGGCCUUGAGAUGGGUUCGUGAGAACAUUGCCAACUUUGGUGGCGACCCAAACAAGAUCACCAUCAUAGGCGAGUCUGCCGGAGCAUCUUCUGUUCGGACGUUGCUUGGCUCACCACCCGUCAUUGAAGAAAACCUCGUAGCAGGCGCGGUCGCACAGUCGAAUCUCGGCGGCGGCGUCACGCUGGGUCUCUAUGGAAACUACGGCACAACAUUCAGCUCCUACUACACCAUCGAUCAGUCCUACGCCGUUGCAGGACAACAGAUCUUCACCGCGGCAGGAUGCACUCAAUCCACCGUCUCCGCCCAGAUCGAAUGUCUGAAAAAGGUCGAUGCGCAGACUCUCCAGAACCUUUCAGCUGUCGCUCGCUAUGUCGUGCAAGAUGGGACAUACGUUGACACUGAAGAACUCAUCGUUUCGACCAGGAACUCCAGCACCGCUCAUGUCCCCGUCAUCUUUGGCACGACGUUGAACGAUGGGGCAUCGCAGGCGACGUACCCACAGCCUCCAGUCACAUCUCUCGUGGAUGGCAUCGUUCAGUCUCUGUACAUCAGCACGGAUUACGCUCAGGCUAUUCUGGACAGUGGAUUGUUCCCAGUCUACGACACUGGAAACGUGACACUCGACUCGUUCAACAUCUCGCAGCGUGUAGCGACAGAUACAACGUUUCGAUGUAUCGACGAAGCCACUGUAUACGCUGGAGCGAAGAGUGGGGCAUUCGAGAAGGCGUGGUAUUACACCUUCAACAGGACUUAUGAAGGCUACGACCCUAACAACCUCGGCGCCUCAGGCCUCUCGCGCGGUCCAGUCUCCCCCGACUACCCCACCGGCAACCCCAACCUGCCCUACUUCCGUCUCCACGGCAGCGAAGCCGGCUUCACCUACGGCGUCCAAUAUCCUCUGCGAGACACCAGCGACCUGCUCGCCUCGCAACUCAUCUCCGGGUACUUCGCCAACUUUGCUCGGACAGGAGAUCCCAACUUCGACGAGGAAUAUCUGCGUGUUAGGGGGUAUACAGAUGAAUUGAAGGGUGUGCAAGAGAGUGGGAAGUGGGAGGCUGUGAGUGGAGAGGAUGGGCCGAGUUGGGAGUUGGAUUGGCCGAGUCGAGGGGUGGUGUUCCCGGAGAAGGAGCAGUGUGCUUGGUUGAAUUAUUCGAUUGGAUAUUAUAUGGAGGAUGGGAAGUAG